GCGAAACACAAAAGCUGGGAAAUCUUUGCGACCGUAGCCUGGCGGCAAUGGCGGACGCAACGGAUAGCGGCAGUAGGAAGAUGGCGGAGGCGGAGCGGAGCGCCGAGGAGCUCAAGGAGAAGGCGAAUAAAUACUUUAAAGUGCCCUCGCUAAUGGGCUCGGUGGCCAAGCCAAAGAUCUGGGGUCCCUGCAAGCAGCACAGGGAUCGUAGGAGGCUGGAGAGGACCCACAGCCACUGUGCCAGGGUUCCCCUGAGUGUCCGUGAUCCUGAUGUGGGGGAGGGAGGUGUGGGACCAGCAGUUCUGGCUGAGGGACUCUCAGGGGAGCUGCACCCCCUCGACAGCAAGGACUCCUGGGAGCUCGGGAUACGGGCGCUGCUGUGCGUGUGUGUCACACUGGGGGGGCGCGCUGGGAAACUGACCUGCCCGCUGCUCUCCACCGCUCUCCGCUCCCAGGUGGUGAAGGUGCGGCCCAGCGACAAGGACGCCAAGGUGAAGUACCAGGAGUGCAGCAAGAUCGUGAAGCAGAAGGCCUUCGAGAGGGCCAUCGCCAGCGACGAGCACAAGAGGUCGGUGGUGGACUCGCUGGACAUCGAGAACAUGAUGAUUGAGGACGAGUACACAGGGCCCAAGCUGGAGGACGGGAAGGUGACCCUGCAGUUCAUGAAGGAGAUGAUGGCCUGGUUCAAGGAGCAGAAGAAGCUGCACAGGAAGUGUGCCUAUCAGAUUUUGGUCCAAGUGAAAGAAGUGCUGUCCAAACUCCCCAGUCUCGUAGAAAUAACACUAAAAGAGACAGAGAAGAUCACUAUCUGCGGAGACACUCAUGGUCAGUACUAUGACCUCCUCAACAUUUUUGAGCUCAACGGCCUGCCGUCCGAAACCAACCCAUAUCUCUUCAACGGCGAUUUUGUGGAUCGAGGCUCCUUCUCGGUCGAGGUGAUCCUCACCUUGUUUGGCUUCAAGCUGCUGCACCCCGACUGCUUCCAUCUGCUGAGAGGCAACCACGAGACAGACAACAUGAACCAGAUGUACGGGUUCGAGGGUGAGGUCAAAGCCAAGUACACGGCGCAGAUGUUCGAGCUCUUCAGUGAGGUGUUCCAGUGGCUCCCUCUGGCACAGUGCAUCAACAGCAAAGUGCUGGUGAUGCAUGGGGGUUUGUUCAGUGAAGAUGGGGUAUCGUUGGAUGACAUCCGCAAAAUCGACAGGAACAGACAGCCUCCAGACUCAGGUAGGCCAGGCUCAGAUGGGCCACCUCACCCGAGCGUCAAGCCCAUGAUGUACGCCAACUCCCUGCUGCAGCUGGGGAUGAUGUAGGGAGUGAGGCUGGCUGCCUGGGCCGAAGACCAACGUCCCUCUCGUUUCAGCUUCUCGUCCUGUCUGCCUGCUACUCGCCCCCAGCGCCCCGGCCCCCCUCUGUCUGUCUGCCCCUGCCUCGUGCACUCUCGGGGCAUCUCAUCUCCCUGUCUCUCCCUGUCCCCUCGUCCCUCUCUCUCUUCCUCGUCUCCCUGUCU